UGGACCGAGGCACAUAUCGAGCUCAACCCACAGUUUCGGCUCAAGUUACAGACCCAACUAUAUAUGUGGGAUGUGGCUUAAAUAAAAUCUCUUCAACUCAACUACAAAAGAAACCUAUUUCAUUCCCGCGUUCCAAUUACCUUGAAGCGAUCAACCCCAAAACACCAUGAAGGCUCUCGAUCAGAUGCUUCCUUGUUCGGCCUCUGAUUGUGGAUCAGUGAAGAGAAAAACCGGGCCCGAUGAGGACGCAUUAGCUGCUUCUUCAAAGAAACAAGCAGUUUCUGGUACUGAUAUGUUCGAGGAGGAAGUCAAAUCUGGUUCAGCUGCUAUAAGUAAGGUAGAGCCUUAUGAUGCAUCUUUAGUUGCUUCCGUUGGUAAGAAACAAUCAACCUUUGAUGCCGUUGGGCAUGCUUAUGAGGAUGAGGAGGAGGAGGUUAAUAUGGUUACUGACUAUGAUGUGCUUGACAAUGCACCACCCAUGAUUAAGUUAGAGUAUUGGACUACUCUUGAUACGAAAGAUGAUGAUUUGAAAGAUGAGCUUGCUAAACAUUUUGAUCGUGGAUCAGACCAAUUCAAGGCAGCACUUGAAAUGCUUGGUGGUAAUCUGCUUGAAUAUAAGGCUCGAGUUGGCGGGGGUUCUGAUCAUCCUAAUGGCGGGAACGUGAUUGUGGGAGCUUUAUUGCGCCAAGAUGGUAGUCUUUUGUGUUCAUUCUUUAACCUAGAUUGCGAAUAACCUAGGAACACUUGUGCUCGACUCAAUCUUCUUUGGCUUAAUCCGCUGUUCGGUUGUGAAACUCUAUGUUGCAUGAUUAGACUGUAGGAUGAAUUGCAUUUUCAUUGAUGUAACGAAUCAGAAAUGAAUGUUGUCUGAUUAUGAUUAAUCAACAUGCAUUGUUGAAGUUAUUUUUCCAUGUGGUGGUGAUAGAGUGAUUGAGACUAAAGACAUUCUUCUUUUGAUGAAACAGCAGAUAAAAUGGGCCUGGUAUUGGCAAUUAACUAAGGAAAAUCCUUUCUUCAAGUGAUCUCUUAUUUGUUUUCUUUUCUAAAUUAUAUAGAACACUUCACUAACUUAAAAUAUAAAGAUAAUUUGAUAUUGUCUGUUUUGUGUAUGAGCCCUCACGGUUUUAUUUUUGGACUCAACUCCAAAAGCUAAUGAAGAUAUGUGCAGUGUGCUCAUCCUAACUUAAAAUUUCAAGAACUAAUAAUUUUAAUUUGAAUAAGAUAAAGUUUAGCAAAGAUGAAAACACGAAUCAUGCUAGUUUAACUUGUAACCGAACAAGCUUCCCAAACACGACCUAAUAGGAGCUCACUCACUCGCCUUCCUCCGUCUCCCGCCGCUAAUAGCGUCUCCUUCUUCACGCGCCUCCGCCCCCUCCCUCGGACUCACAGGUUGUCGGUAGCUACUGUCGAUUCUCAGAGACUCGGGCCUAAAAUAAGCCCCCAUUUCCAGAAGUUUUCUGGCGAAGGGGUUCUUUUGGCACUCAAAGUUGGAAGCACUCCACAUCUAACCUUCUGUACUAUCAAAAUGCAGCAAUCUUUUCCGCAUAAAGGCCGAAAAAUGACCAAAUAGAGUCAUGGUUUUGGGUCUGAGGAGUUGGAAGGAUGCGAAUUUCGAGUGUGGAAGUACAUUAUAAAUGUCAAUCUUGCUUCAGCCACUCAAAUGUAUAGUUAAAUGUUUCAAUAAAUCAGCUGUAAUGAACUCUAAGAGGUUGGAUGGGCCUGACGUGAAGCCCUUGCCUGAGACAACUCUUGCUUAGUCAAAAAAACCGCUGCCUGUGAAGUCUAAUUGUCUUAAGCCUAAUCAUGAAAUAUUCAACGGGCCAUUAGUCGAAGCCAUACAUGAGAUCUCCAUUUAUAUUCAUCAUUUUCACAACCUCGAUUUGUUUCAGCAAGGGUUUGUGUAAUAUCAGCUCAACUUCAUACAACCUCGAUUUUUCACUUUUUUUUUGCAGAUGAACAAUCUGUCCGUCCAGGAUAGCUGGAGUUGACCCUAAUCCCUCAAACAAAUUGACGGUGGGCCCUACUCGAAAAAAUGCCCGUGUUCUUAAGAUUGUUGUUUUUGUACAUGGAUUCCAGGGACAUCAUCUAGACUUGAGACUUAUCCGGAACCAAUGGCUUCUGAUAGACCCAAAGGUGGAAUUUCUUAUGUCUGAGGCCAAUGAGGAUAAAACAUCUGGCGAUUUUAGAGAAAUGGGACAAAGGCUAGCACAGGAAGUUGUAUCUUUUAUCAAAAAGAAAAUGGAUAAGGUGUCGAGAACUGGGGUCUUAACAACACUUAAGCUUAGUUUUGUUGGACAUUCCAUUGGAAAUAUCAUCCUGAGAACUGCUUUCGCAGAUAGCAUUAUGGAACCGUAUCUGAGAUACCUGCAUACAUAUCUCUCGGUCUCGGGCCCACAUCUCAUUUAUCAUAAUAGUUCGAACUCUCUAUUUAAUGGGGGCUUGUGGCUCUUGAAGAAACUCAAAGGAACUCAAUGCAUUCACCAGUUGACUUUUAUCUGAUGAUACUGAUUUGCGAAGUACUUUCUUGUACAAACUGUGUCAGGUUAACCAAAAAAACACACAUCCCCUCUCUACACCUCCGCCGCAAUCGCUCGACCUCCGCCCACCGCCGCUCGACCUCGGCCAUCCGGCGCUCGACCUGACCCUCGUUGUUCGCUGCGCGACCUCUCCACUCCAGCCAUCGUCAUCGAGAAAACCCGAGAGCUCAGGACAUCGACCUAGGGUUUGCGAUACAACCUAUCUUAAGUGGAAAUUUGCCUCCUGGCUUCGACCCAAGUACUUGCUGCAGUGUGUGAGGUUCUUUUGAGCUUCAGCUUCUUCUUUGCUAUUUGCAUACAUUCGUUGUCCACACAAACCUAUACUGGAGAUGGGUGAUACGCGUACGCCAACCAAUGUCGAACCCAAAUCAUCAUUCUUGCUAUAUGCACCAAACUCUGCAUCGGAGUAUCUCAACAGAAUAGCGUUCAUUCGAGAUUAUGUCUCUAUAAAGAUAGAUCAGACGGUUGUGUGAUGAUUCAGGGCAUUCCACUGCUCCGCCCUCAGGCGACGAAUCUUGCGCAGAAGAAAAAUAUGAUUAUAGAGUUCAAGUUUUUUUCUAAAAGGAGGAUGAUAAGGUUAUACGUCCGAGGGGACAACCCCUAUCUUGUAUCCUUCCAUAAUGGGAUGCAGAUAAUUAGAUUUAGCGAUGAAGGAGAGCUAUUUCUCAUGGCAUUUCCCCUCAGGACAAUACCCUAGCCUCCAUGGACGCGGAUUACGCAAAAUCAUGACACUUAGGAAAGAGGGUAUUCAUUAUGCUGUUAGACUGUUGACAAUUUCCACUGAUGGAAACGAUUACAGAAGAAGUCUCUUGUCCAUAAUUUAUCAUUUAUUGAAGGUCGCUCGCUUAAAGUUAUUGGGAGAUUUAUAUGCCAGCACUUUGCCUUGGGGAGGAUACCCAUGGAAAGUCACCUGAAGCUGUUUCCCAGAAGGCGAGCAAAGCAAUCAUAUUGAAUAAUUGAAAUGUAAAGUUCAGUACUGAAGAUGGUCAGGCUGAAGUUGGUCAGGAGCCUCCCAUAAAAAAUUUUGACGACGUCAAG